AUGGAUACGAUAAACAAGACAUUUGUGAAAGAAUUCAUUCUUCUGGGACUCGCUGGUUACCCAAAACUUGAUCAUUUUUUUUCUAUAAUUCUAGUAAUGUAUCUAGUGAUUCUAACUGGCAAUGGUGUUCUGAUCCUAGCAAGCAUCUUUGAUUCUCAUCUUCACACCCCCAUGUACUUCUUCCUGGGCAACCUAUCUUUCCUGGAUAUCUGCUAUACAUCCUCCUCUGUUCCCUCAACUUUGGUGAGCUUAAUAUCUAAGAAAAGGAACAUUUCCUUCUCUGGAUGUGCAGUGCAGAUGUUCGUUGGGUUUGCAAUGGGGUCAACAGAGUGUUUCCUCCUUGGCAUGAUGGCUUUUGAUCGCUAUGUAGCCAUCUGUAACCCUCUGAGAUACCCCCUCAUCAUGAGCAGGAUGGUGUAUGUACUGAUGGCAUCCGCGUCAUGGCUCUCUGGUGGAAUCAACUCCAUUGUGCAAACAUCUCUUGCCAUGCAGUUGCCUUUCUGUGGGAAUAAUAUUAUCAAUCAUUUCUUAUGUGAGAUAUUAGCUGUCCUCAAGCUAGCUUGUGCUGAUAUAUCCCUUAAUUAUGUUAUGCUAGCAGUGUCAAAUAUGGCAUUUCUAGUUCUUCCACUGAUAGUUAUCUUUUUCUCCUAUAUGUUCAUCCUUUACACCAUCUUGAGAAUGAACUCAGCCACAGGGAGACACAAAGCAUUUUCUACCUGCUCAGCUCAUCUGACUGUGGUGAUCAUAUUUUAUGGUACAAUCUUCUUCAUGUAUGCCAAACCCAAGUCUCAAGAUCACCUUGAGAAUGACAAUUUGCAAGCUACAGAGGGGCUUAUUUCUGUGUUUUAUGGGGUAUUGACCCCCAUGCUAAAUCCUAUAAUCUAUAGCUUGAGAAAUAAGGAUGUAAAAGCUGCUGUGAAAUAUUUGCUAAAUUGGAAAGCUGUUAACCAAUAA